AUGCUGAGACUCCAUAACCGCAAAAGAAACCACCUCGAAAAGCCGACCAAGAAAACCGAUGGGUACACGCUCGCAGGGCAUCAUGCCGAUAUAGUGCGCAAGCAACUAGAGUCGGGAACGCAGCCCCUAUUUCCCAAAACAUUCGUCUCCCUCCCGAUAAAGAAAUACCUCGGCCCCGAGUUCUUCCAAUAUUCAUGGCUCCGGUUCAAAGCCUGGGCUCAAGUCUUUGCCUCCAACUUGGUCCUCAAAUGGCAAAGCGCAGAUACGACUUUUGGCCGUGCGAAAUGGAAGAUGAACAAGUCCAGAAUUCCGCCGACCGCGCAAGCCUUAUAUCGAGAUCUCUUGGAAGCGUUCGCCGCAGGGGACGUGGCUACGAUCGAGAAGGUAGCCACUCCGGCGUUUGGGAAGAAGUACAUCCAUGCGAUUCAGAAGCGCAAGCCGGGCGAGAACAUGUCGUUUGAGAUCGAAUUCACUAAAGGCUGGUGGUACCCGCGAUUGAUGAGCUACAUGGCGACAAAUGUCAGCCCUGCGGAUGAUCUCCUCAUGGGCGAGCAGGCGGUCGUGGCCAUCUCCUCGAUACAACGCCUUCACAAGGGAGACGACGUCAAGGAACAAAGAGUGCUUGAGUACGUGGUGGUGAGGAGGGAGUUCCGCAGGGGUGCAUAUUUGCCAGUAAGCGAGUGGAGAAUUUGGCAGACGACGAAACCGACAACAUUGGAAGCGUGGAACGAGGCCGAGGCGUCGUUCAACGAACGGUUGCUCCAGCAGUUCGGCUCAGAAAUAGGACACAAGAAGUCUACCGAGGAGAAGAAGGCAAAGGCAUGA